UUGAGGCCGAACAGAAGGCACUGACAGUUUGAAAGAUGUGGCAGCACUCUUGCAUAAAAAAAUGUUUGUACUUGUCAACUAUUUCUUCAUUGCACUCCUCAAUAUUGUUUUCGUUGCCACAAAUCCGACUCAAUGACGAAUCCUGAGCAAGAUGAGCUGUGUCCACCUUCAACAGAUGAUGAUGAAUUAACUUUACCACGUGCCAGCAUUAAUAAGAUUAUAAAAGAAUUGGUACCUAAUGUGAGAGUAGCUAAUGAAAGCAGAGAAUUGUUAUUAAAUUGUUGCACAGAAUUUAUUCAUUUAAUAAGUUCUGAAUCAAAUGAAGUUUGUAAUCAGCGUAACAAAAAAACCAUAAAUGCAGAGCAUGUAUUAGAAGCGUUAGAUCGCUUGGGUUUCCGCGAUUAUAAACAAGAAGCUGAAGCUGUUUUGAAUGACUGCAAAGAAGUAGCAGCUAAACGAAGAAGACAAAGCACUCGUCUUGAAAACCUUGGGAUUCCAGAGGAAGAGCUGCUACGCCAACAACAGGAACUUUUCGCGAGAGCCAGAGAAGAACAGGAACGCGAAGAACAACAGCAGUGGAUAAAUAUACAAGCAACUGCACAACAAAGUGCUGAGGUUAUGAAUAGACAAAUGCAGAAAGACGACGAAGAUGAUGAUUACUAAAGUUAAGUGAUAGUAUAGACAUCUAGUUAGUUUUUAAUUCACAGAUAUAAGUUUUAGUGUAUGUUUAUAUGUGUGUACCGUAAUAUAAAACAGGCUCACUGGAGUAAAUAACAGUGAGCUGGCUCAAUGUGAAAACAUUUUAAAAAAAA